AGACGACGGCACAGUCAGCUAUCAGCCUUCCUCCUGCCUAACCUUACAGCCGCCAACUGCCUCGACUCGAGUGGGUGAGACGGGAAUCCUAAUCCCACUUAUCGCAUAACAGCUACCUGUAUCAACAAAAACAGCUUACCUCCCCUCCUCUUAUUAUUAUUUCCUCCCAGCCUUACGACAACCUGAAUUUACCCAUCCAUUAUCAACAAUCAACAAACAAACAAUUCAACUGUUAUAAAUAUAUCGCUCGCUCGCUCGCUAGCUAGUCAAGAUGUCUUCCUCCCGCCGCACAACCACCACAAUGACCACACAACUCUACCCCGAGAACCUGCGCCUCUCCGCCCUCCUCUUCCGCACCGCCGGCCUGGGCCUCAGCAUCGGCGUCCUCGUCCUCGCCAUCCAGCUCAGCAGCGAAGGCGGCACCCCCGUCUUCGCCUACGUCGCCGCCAUCUGGUGCCUGAUCCUCAAUCCCCUCGACAUCAUCUGCUUGCUGUCCUGGACGCGCAUCCCGCCCGGCGGCCUGAUCUUCCUCGACACGCUGGCCGUCGGCUUCUGCGUCGGCGGGAUCCUGAAUAAUAUCGUGGUCAAGAAUGAUGGGGAUGGGAAUAAUCGGCCGUUGCGCAACCCCGGGUUGGUUAAUACGUCGGAUUGGUUGCUGGGCGCGCUUUUGGCGGUGCAUUUUAUUAUGAUUGUUUCGGGGGCGAUUGAUUGUUGUUGGAUGGCGCAGUAUGGACGGAAGCGCUCGUCGCGACAUGGAAGUAGCCGAAGUCGAAGCUCGAGGAGUGAGACGGUUACGCGGGUCAGAGUGACGAGGACGAAUGUCUAGGUUGACGGGAAUCGAAUUGUAUAUCUCAAUCGAAAGGCGAAUUUACGGAAGCAGUAAUGGAACGGAAAGAGACGGUCAUUACCAGAGAAGCCUUUGGGCUUGUGCGAAUACACGGAUAUCUACGGAAUUGGAAUCCGGAAGC